AUGAUCAACAUCGAACCUCCGCUCGGAAACUUCCCCGCGUCCGGCGGCAACUCGACCCACAACGUCGUCUCGGAGACGGACUCGCGACUCGCGUUCAAAGUUAAAUCGUCGAACAACGAGCACUACCGCGUGCGUCCCGUCUACGGAUUCCUGGACGCGAAGGGCAAGGCAACGCUCGAGAUCAACCGUCUCGCGGGCCCCGCCAAAGAGGACAAGAUUGUGGUGCAGUACGCGGAAGUGCCACCCGAGGAGACGGAUCCGCAAGCGCCGUUCAAAGCCGGAGCUCAGCAAGGAGAGAUCAUCGUGAAGUUGACGGCCGCUUGA